AUGAUCGAAGAAGCAGACAGUCUACAGCCUGGGAUAGAAGGAGAGGGAGCCCUCCUGUUGGCCACUGAGAUGGUAGAUAAACUUUCCAAGAAUAUAGAUAAUCAUAUUUACUCAGAAUUUAUUGAGAGACAAAAGAGACCUUUCUCAGUGGAAUCUCUCAUUCAACUUUGACAUCACGGGAUCAAGAGCUGAGUUAUUCACUACGAUUCGCUUGUUCCCCCUCCAGAGGUAGACCUUGAGGAGCAAGACGAUGAGCCUGAAGUCCCAAUAAAGGACAGAUGGUGUACAGAUUAUGUCAAUGUCGAGAAGGUCCAAAAAUUAUACUUCGACCCUUCAGAAACAAUCGACGAAGCGGAUGCUAAAUCAGUCAGAUCAUAUCGGUCCUUUGCCAGGUCGCAUUCUUCCGUGUUUACCAAGACUAAGAGGACCUUCAUGAAGGUGAAAUCAAAGCAGAGCUCUAAAAUUGUCAAGCUAAAAAUUACCCAAAAAGAAAUCCCAGAAGAUGAAGUAAGACUUCGUGAAAGAAAGGAAAAACAAAUUCUCCACAGGAAGAAGGAAGCAGCAGAAAAAUAAAAGGCUCAAAGAAGAGGAAAGACAGGAUAAAAUGAAAAAAAGAUUUGCACUUGGUGGUGACCCUAAGGCAAGCCUCACAUGUGACCAUAAUGGCAAGCCCAUUGUGGUAAAGAAGCUAAAUGCGAAUAAACUCAGAAAAGCUGAAGGUCCUGGUUACUCCUUUGAAGCGGUUAAUCGGGAUCAGAUCAAGGCGAUGAAGAGGAAACAACAAAAGAAAUUUGAAAUUUAUUCAAAAGAACUCUUUCCAGCUAGUAUAAACUCUAAAUAGUAUUGUUGAUGACCUAAAUCUGAGUGCUGAGGAUUUUAUCGAUGAGUCUCAAUGUUCAGCAACAUUUGGAGACCUCUCUUCUGUUUUGGCCUUAAUGCCAGGAGUUCAGUAUAAUACAAGAGAUAAGACCUUGAGAGGACCUCUAUAUAGACGUGAAAAUAAAAUGGCUAUCCAAGAUUAUAAGGUAAUUUCAAAUUCAAGAGAAAAUGCCAAAAUCAGAUACGACAUCCAUGAAGGCUCUCCUGUAGUGAAACCAAAAGAAGAGAAAACUCUAACUUCUGAGGUUAAACAUGACUCCAUUGCUAAUAUGGGGUCUGUGAUUAAAAAGAAGCGUCAUGGGCAUGAAAGGAUGAAAGGUGAUGCGACCAAAUCAGGAAUUUUACAAGAGGGUCAUCACCUACACAAUAUAUCCUCCAAACACUUUGGAAGUGGAAGCCUAAGCCAAAGCCGUAGGAUUAACGAAGGCGCAUUCACAGGGAGAAAGAAUAAUGAUUAUUUCACACGUGAGCAAGGAAUGAGGCCAACUACAGCCAAAAAGCACUAUAAUAAUAUACUAAAGAGAAUGUCAGGAAGGAGAUCUGCUAAGGAGACUGGGAACAGGUUCUUAAUCAAGCAAAAAGUGUUCGAAGAUGUUACUAACUUCUCAAUGAAAUCCAACACCAUGCAGAGGAGGAACAAUUCAAAGAAUCUGAGGGUGUCUGCUUUUAAUAAAUUCAACCAUGAUCUCGUACAAGGGAAGGUUAGCAAUGUGACUUCCGGGUCCCAAGCCCGUUUAAAUUCCGCAGCAUAUAAUACACGUCCAAUGAGACAGAAAGACCUCAUCCAAGAAGGAAUGUCUUCUCUUUCAUCUCAGAGGGGCAAACUUAAAUCAGCAAGCAGGCUUAAUAGGAUCUCCAGGGCUAUCAAGACAAGUAUGAGAGAGAAUAGAGGCAAAAUAAUGGUUAAAGAGAAGUUAUAA